UUUUUUGUGAUUGGACAUAACAAAAUGCAUGCGCCCAAUCUCAUUGUGUCUUUUUAGAAAAAUGGAAUAAUCAAUAUAAACCCUGCGUAGGCACAGCCUUAAGAGUUGUAGAGUGUAUCGAUCAAAUAUAUUUCUAUCCCUGGCAUAAACGAUACUUAGUUUGUGCUUGGUCCUACUUUAGAAACAGCUGGCUGCUUCGCACUGCAAAGUUGAUUAUUGAUUAGUGGAUAUUGCUCAUUUUUAUUCUCACCCCCUAAACAUCGUCAAGAUUUGAACGGUUUCAAUUGAAUAUCCAUUUGCAGAUAUCGACCAAGGUCCAGUCCUUAGUGUCAAAAGCGGGGAAACAAAUCCUUACGAAUAACAACCUCAUACCUGUUAGAAAAGUUGGUGGCUAUCUAGAAUCAUUAGCUUACCGAGAAAUGUGAUGGCAUUGAAUAUGAAAGUGUGCUGUGUUCGAGUCCCAGUCCAAACAUCAACAUUGGGAUAGUGGUACAUCCAGUUGAUGGGCCCCACAAUGAGUGAAGUGCGCGUCCAGGAAUUUACUCUUAGACGAAAUCCAUACAUAUUGUAAAAACAUAACUAUGAGCGAUUGUGGGCCACCACCAGAGCGUACAUAUGUCAAUACAGUUUGAUCAAGAUUCAGUCUCAAAAAAUUAGUCACGGGAAAACGCAAAACUCUAAAAAUAAUACAUUUGAGCACCCAAAUAUUUUACACUGUUUCGUUUUAAAAAAAGUUCGAUGGAGAAAGUUGUGAAGGCAAACACUUUUAUUCAUCAUCAGUUCUUUCAUGUAACCAACCAAUCCUAGCUAAUCUCCGAUUUUUGUAUUUAGAAAACUUUCAUAAACACAUACAAUCUGGAUUUGAAGAGUCUCUUAACUGAAGCGAGUGAGGACGACUUCAUUACGUCUUCAGUGGAAACGACUGAGUGGAAAUUUAAGAGAGCUCGUGAACUAGAGUAGUAUUUAUUUUCCAUAGUUAAAGGUAUUAUACUUAACUUCUAUGUUUAUUAAUUUCCUCCUACUGAGAUUUAUGGGUACGAAAAAGUACACAUACACAUUUCAUAACAUCCACUCAAACUUCUAUUUCUACAUGAAUAAUAUCUUCGCUAAUUAUUUGCAAAACAUCUAAUUUAUCACUUAUAGAUGGAAACUUCAGUCAGUUAUAAAAUGGAUUCGUCAGAUGAAGGUUCGUCUCUUUCAGUAAACCAAACAGACACACCAGCUUGUGUUCAUAAACACGAACCUACUGCUGAAGAAAAAAAGCUUACGAGACUUCUAAUUGAACGUGUUCUCCCUCCAUUUUCAAAAUCACUAAAACUACAAGCUCUUGUGGUUUAUCAAGCUGAUCAAGAAAAGAUGAAAUGUUUACUUGUUAACCAAACUUAUGAGAAAACAAAUGAUCAUUCUUUCGAAAACGACAGUCCUAAUCAAGAUUUAUCAGAUUCAGGAAUUAUGGAUACAUCUACAGAGUCGAUUUCACCGAUUAAAACACAAGCUGAUGACGUUAUAAAGAAGUACGGCUUUUCGAUCUCACGACGUAAACGGAAGCUAAGUCGACCAUGUAAAAUACCUCAAAGUUCUGUUGUUUCUGAUCCUACUGAACCUUCACCUGCUGCAACUGCUACAUCAACAACUUCCGUUCCAGCUCAACCAAUUUCAAAAGCAGUCACUGAAAUUGUAACGCCGAUGAAAAGUGGGCCAACAAAUGGUUUAUUUUUACCUGUCUCAGCAGUUACACUUCUUCCUCAUGUGAGUGUUUUCUCCCUACCUGUAACAGUACUAUCAACUGUCCAUCGUCCUAUUUUACCUCGAAUUUGCACUGAUAAACAGCCUAUUCCCCGUCCUGUUAAUAGUUGUAAUUUACAGACAGUUAUUUCGCCUCAAUCAAAACAUACAACGUCAUCUAAUUCACUUUCUAAGAAUUCCACCAGAGAAUCCGUAAACUCAACAGACGAUUCAAGUAUCCAUAAUCGUCGAUAUGCUAAGUCAUUUAUAUGCAAUCAGUGUCGAAAACCAUUUACAUCAUUAACUUUACUAUGUGAACAUACCUUCGCAGUGCAUAAAGCAUUUAAGUGUACUAUAUGCGGUGCACAAUUUACUCAACGAUCCAAUCUUCAACGUCAUUCUCUUCGUCAUGUUGGUUUCAAACCUUUUGUAUGUAAAAUAUGCGAUAAAUCUUAUUAUCGUAAAGAUCAUCUUGUUCGACAUAUUGAACUAACACAUCCUGGUUGUGAUCCACGUACAAAUCUUACUGUGAAACUAAGUUCAGCUGAAUGUUUAGAUUAUUUAGAUCAAAUUAAUAAACACGACAAUACAAAUGGUGAGCAGAUACAAAUAUCAUGUCAAAACACCACUAAUAAUAACAACAAUAAUAAUAAUACUCCUGAAAUUGCUAUCAAACAAGAUGAAAGUGAUUCUCAAGAGAAACUAUGCAUUCUGGUUUCUCAACAACAAGAACAAUCUAGCAUUUGCUCACAAUCACAUCAAAUAUGCACUAGUAUAAAUUCCUAAAAAGCCAGUUGUUAUUACUAUUAUUGUUUUCCCAAAAGAAGUUUUAUCAUAUCACUGUUUUCUUUUCUACCAAUAUUAGACAGCUAUUGUUUGGUUGUUUUUUUUCAUACUUUUCUAUUCUUCAUUGUUUUGUUUGUUUGGUUUAUUUUCUUUUCUAGAAAUUUUGUUUUUUUUUAAAAAAAAAUAAGAAUUUAGUCAUUUUCUACUUUCAUAUUUUGUAUAAAUUAUUAUCAUUAUCAGUUUAAGAAAAUCAUUAUCAUCUUUAUAAUGGCUUAUUAUGCAUCAUUGGUUGGUUUAUAAUUAAUUAUAAUUUACUAACAUGCUUGUUUGUGAUAACGAAUGAUAAACGAAAUCUAUAAUUGUAUAAACAACUCAUUAUGAUAGUUGGUUUUAUAUUACCGUAUAUACUUGUAGACAAUUUUUAUGUUUUGAAUGUAACUUAUUGGUUUUGAAACUCAAUAGUUUUUUUGUUUUUUUUUUUAUUACAAAAUUUGAUCGAGAUAAGUUUCACUUGUGAUUUGAGUUUUUGUUGUUGUUCAUCUCAAGAAAAUUUUUUAUUGUAUUCAUAA